UGUUUGCAGGAAAAAAGUAAAAGUAAAUGUCCUCCAUUGAAGCUUCUAAUGUGACUUUGAUUUUUUUCCUUCAUCGUGAAACAGAGCAGCAGGAGCUUUGAAAUCCAAACGAAUCAAACAAAUAUAUAUAACCCAUAAUCCCAAAUUCCAGAUCACAUUGUUGCGGGAGGAAGACGAAGAAGAAGAAGAUGGACGUUGAAGCAAAGAAGCAGCGAGGUUUCGGUAACCGGAAACGGUGGAAGAUAUGCAUAGGCCUUGGAGUUACUCUAAUCUUGCUUAUAGUGAUACUGGUGAUCUUAGCCUUCACCGUUUUCAAAGCCAAAGACCCCGAAAUCACCGUCGAUUCCGUCGCUCUUGAUGACCUCAAUGUGGGGCUUGACGCGGCCAGAGUGACUGUGAAUCUCAACUUGACCGUCGCCGUCAAUCUCACCGUCAAAAACCCCAACAAAGUCGGCAUGAAGUACCAGGACAGCGUGGCGGUCUUGUUUUGCAGAGGGGAGCAAGUGGGUGAAGUUCCGAUUCCCGCUGGCAAAGUAUCCGCCGACGAAACAGUUCAUUUGCUUGUAUUUCUCACCGUCAUGGCCGACCGGUUUGUGUCGAAUACUCAAAUUUUGUCCGACGUCGUUUCGGGUUCCUUGCCUAUUAGCACUAACACCAAAAUCUCAGGGAAAGUUUCUAUCUUUAAUGUCUUCAACGUUCAUGUAACUUCGGUUUCUAACUGUAGUUUCACAGUCUAUAUAGCUAACCGUACAAUAAGCGAAGAACACUGUACGUAUAAGAAUAGCUUAUAAUAUUUUCAAGGCAUGUAGCUUCCACAGAUAGUUGUACUUUGUAUUUUCUUUCUCUGAUUAUUAAUAUAUUUGUUUCUUGCAACGAAAAA